CGCAACUGAACGAAAGAAUCUUCGAAUAAUCAAAUCAAAUCAAAUUCAACGCAAGUAGCGCGAUUGUAAAAUUUGUAAAGCUAUAGUUUUACACAUUUUUCAUUUGAAAUAUUGUAUUAUUUAUUUGUGUUGCACAUCAAUAAAACUGUUUUACGAUGACGGACGUAGCAAAGAAGUGUCAAUAUUUUCAGGUUCAGGACUACAAGGAUUCUUUGAAACAGAAAGCUGAGCAUCUUAUUAUAAAGGGCUUCCCUGAAAAGAUUGUAAAGUUGAAUGAACUGCUAGAAACACCCAACUUCCAGAACAGAGCGUUUGCUGAUGUCCACCAGGACUUAAACAUUCCAGUACCACCACCAGUAGGUGCCGCCGCUGAGCCCAACUCCAAGAGAGCACGAGUCGACUCUGAUCUGAGCCCAGUGUCCGUGGACGGAACAAAAGUAUAUGCUCUGCCAAAUGGAAGCGUCCCAUGCAAUAAGCCACUCAGUGACCUCAUCCAUCUUGUGAAACCUCAUAUCAGAGAGCUAGUUGAAGACUCUAACUUGUUAAAAAUGUGGAUCUCCUUUAUGAUUCCCAAAAUUGAAGAUGGAAACAAUUUCGGCGUAUCAAUACAAGAGGACACACUAGCGGAGAUCCAGUCGGUGGAGUCUGAGGCGGCCGCUUUCUUCGACCAAAUCUCACGGUACUUCAUCUCACGAGCGAAAAUUGUGUCGAAAGUUGCGAAAUACCCACACAUUGAUGACUACCGGAGAGCAGUCAGAGAGCUGGACGAGAAAGAGUACCUGUCUCUGUGGCUGGUGAUGUGCGAGAUCCGCAACCGCUACUGCUCGCUGCACGACAUCGUCAUCAAGAACCUCGAGAAGAUCAAGAAGCCCCGCUCCUCCAAUGCGGAGUCUCUAUACUAGAGCCAGUUAAUACUAGCGCAUUACUUAGUCACAUCCAGUUGUAAGGAUAACGUUAUGUAAUGGCAAGUCUCUUUUUUAUUCACUAGAAAUCUGUGUUUGUGUGAGCCAUUGUGGACAGAGUUUUGAGAGUAUGGGUCUUGUUUAGGGUUAAGCUUAAUUGUGCUGUUAAAAGCAAUAAUGUCAGUAAAAGUGUUUUUUAAAUGAAUGUUUAAAGGACAAAUAGUAUCCGCAUAUCUAACUAAGCAAUAUUCUUGAUUUAGCAUUGCAAUAUCAAUGCAUUAAUAUUCACUCAUUAUUUACGGUAAUUUCCACAUUGUAAAUCCAACAUUGAUUCAUGUGUUCACAUAUCAAUUCUAUUGUUUCAAACGCCCAUUCUGGGGGAUAUUUACGUGCCACAAUAUUAUAACUACUGUUAAAGCUCUAUUUACAACGGCGUCACGGUUAUAUUUUCGUCAAUAAGUGAGAUUAUUUUGUAAGGUUCAGUUAGUUUGCUAGGCUCUGAUGACAAGAGGCCCUUGUUGAAGUUAUGCAGAAAAAGCCACUGAAAGCUCCUCCCGGUUUCUAUUUAUGUAUAAUUAUUAUCUUUAAAUAUUUUCUAGUGGGUACAAAACAGAUUUGUUCAAUGCUGUAGUUUUGUGAAGCUAAAGUCUGUCUCGAAUUUUCAAACGAAGAAAUUCUUACACAUUAAAUAAAUACAUAUUAUAAUAAUGAAUAGAUACCAGUGAUAAGUUCACCGUUCCUUGAGUAAAUAAGCUUUUUAAACUACAGCCGUUAGGUUUAGGUUUAUCCCUGAAGACAUUAAUAAUUCCAAAUAUCUUUGAUUCUAUUACCGCGAAAGUUCGAUUUGUCAGAAGUAAUAACAGUUGUUGCUGUUUGAAUUCCCUUUUAAUUUUAUAUUUUUUAAAUGGAUUAUUUUUUAAAUAAAUUUCAGUUGUAAAGUGCCUAUGGUAUUAUUAUAGACUUAUAUUAUGUAAGAGUCAGUUGACAGUUAAAAACUUCCCAACUACCCACGAUUGGCUAACAGUCAAUGUUUAAACUUGACAUUGUAAAAUGUAACCAAUUUGCUAAUAAAUUAAAUUCAUUUUUAAUGAAUGUGGAAACAUA